AUGGCAAACAAGUUGGAGAACCUGUCACUAAUGGCGGACGUGAAAAGUUGGUUAGAAAGGUUUGAUUUUCACGCCCUGGCCAAUUCUUGGAUGGGGACAGUGCCGGACCUAGCAGAAGACAGCAGUAACGCAGCAGAGCGAACCUUGAUCAUAAAAAAGAAUGUAGCGGUGUUCAUAUCUAAAUGUGAUGCUGAAAUAUUCAAGCUUUUAAAAGCUUUGUGUGCGCCGGAGAAUGUAGCUGACUCGAACCAUCCUAGACUGAGGAAGUUGUUAUUGGACCACCUGGCACCGGCACCUACUAAAUUCGCUCAAAGGCACAAAUUUAGGAGUGGACGUCAGCAGUCAGAUGAGUCUGGAGCCAGCUUUAUAUCAAGAUUAAGGUCACUGGCAAAUGAGUGUGAAUUUGGCACAAACUAUAACGAAGCUUUGCUAGAUCAGAUUCUGUGCGGUCUGAAGGACGAGAAACUGGUAUCGGAACUGUUGGUCAAAACAGAUUUGGAUCUGGAAACAGCCAUAAGAGAAGCGCUCAACAGAGAGCAAGCUCAGAAAGAGGCUCAAGGAAUGCAUGGUAGUAUGUCUGCCACAGUGAACAGUGUUAAGUAUAGUAAACAUCCAACAUUCAAGAGAACAGUAAAUAACCCUUAUCUGAAGAAGGGGGAGUCAUCUCAAAUGGACAAAAAACAAUAUCAGCCGGAAAAUCGGGACUCAAACAACAAAUCAAAAACCAAGUGUAAGAAGUGUGGUUUAAGGGGUCAUGAGGCUGAUAAAUGUGAGGUGAGAUGUUACAAAUGUUCGGGACUUGGGCACAUCAGUAGCAAGUGUAGGAAUAAUUGGAACAAGCGAGAUGUCAACAAUGUAGACAGCGAUGCAGAACUACAAGAGUUUGACGACAACUGCAACAGCAUUCUCGACGAGGAGUUUUAUGGGCUUCAGUUUGGAAGGAAAACACUGAGAGUGGCUAGUGGACAGCAGGUGAUCGUGGAUGGCUAUGCAGUGGUGGAUGUGACAAUGAAUGGUAAAAAAGUUCCGGACUUGCACUUGUAUGUAGCCGAGGAUUUCCCAACUUUGUUAGGGAGACCCUGGAUAACAAAGUUCUGUGGUGAGAACUGGCUAGACAAGCUGCUAAGUACCAGGUUGGUCAACCGUUUGGCAAUUGAGACAACCCAGCGUUCUGAAGAUUCUCAGCAGGUGAACAACUGUGAGAAAUGUGCAGGUAGCGACGGUAGAGGGGGACCAAUGAUGCAAACUGAUGGGACCAACGUGAAGAAUGAUUUAAAACUGAAUGAUGACUGUACCAGAGUGGAUCAGUGCAGAAGUUUGGAGGAGCUCAAACUGAGUGAUGUGUUCAAAUCGGGACUUGGACUAGUGAAGGAUGUGGAGGCGAGUUUGGUCCUGCGAGACAACUCCAAGCCUAUAAUGUUGAAGGCUAGAAACCUGCCGUAUGCCUUGAGACACAAAGUUGAGGAUGAACUUAACUCAAUGGUUGAAAGCGGUAUCCUGUCCAAAGUAGAUGAUAGCCCGUGGGGGACUCCUCUAGUUCCAGUAAAGAAAGACGGAGGUGAGUCUGUUCGAAUAUGUGGAGACUACAAGUCAACGUUGAACAAGUGUGUGAGCACCCGACAGUACCCUUUGCCCACAGCGGAAGAGUGCUUUAAUACAGUUCGGGGUGGCCUAAAGUUUUCAAAAGUGGACAUCAAGAAAGCUUACAAUAACAUCCAGAUUAGAGAGGAGGACCGAGUCUUGACGACACUUAACACACACAAAGGACUGUACCAAUGGAAUAGAUUACCCUAUGGUAUCAGUAGUUCUGCAGCAAUCUUUCAGUCAAUAAUGGAUGAUACCCUACGCGGUGUGCCGAUGACUUGUUGCAGAAUAGAUGAUAUCCUAAUAUCGGGUAAAAAUGACGAAGAGCACUUGAUUAACCUGAACAGAGUGAUUUCUCGCUUGGAGAGACGUGGAUUCAAGUGCAAACUCGAGAAAACCUGCCUUAUGGAGAAAGAAGUGAUUUACUUGGGACACCGAGUAUCAGCAGAGGGGAUACAACCGGUACAGAGUAAAGUAGACAGUUUAAAGUUGGCUCCUGAACCCAAAAACGUGGACCAACUGGUCAGUUUUCUGGGUGCAGUGAACUACUAUCGACGAUAUUUACCGAACCUGUCAUCUGUUAUUGCUCCCCUAGAUAGGUUAAGAGCAAAGGGAGUGCCGUGGAAGUGGUCCAAUGAGGAGCAUGAAGCGUUCCAAAGUUUGAAGAACUUGUUGUGUUCUCGUCGUGUGUUGACAUUCUACAACCCUAAGCUACCUCUGAAACUCGAUACGGAUGCGUCUAAAUCUGGAAUAGGAGCAGUAUUAUCUCACAUAAUGCCUAAUGGAGAAGAACGCCCGAUCGAGUAUGUGUCACGAACCUUAUCGUCUGCAGAAAGGAACUAUGCACAAAUGGACAAAGAAGCUUUGGCAAUAGUAUGGUCAAUAAAGAGACUGCAUAUCUAUCUCUAUGGAAGGAGAUUUAAACUGGUCACGGAUCACAAAGCUUUAGUUCGAAUCUUUGGAGACAAACCAAUUCCUGAGAUGACAGCUAACCGGAUAACAAGGUGGGCCUUGUUCCUGAUGAACUACCAAUACGACAUCGAGUAUCGCACCACAAAAGAUCACGCAAAUUGUGAUAUGCUGUCGAGACUACCAAAGGAGGUGAGACACCCAACUGUGGUUAAAGAUGACUGUUUGGAUAUGUUUUCUCUGACAGUGAGUGAAGCCAUGCUCAACGCCGAGUUGGUGGCUCGAGAAACGAAGAAAGAUCCGAUACUGAGCAAGGUUUUGUGUUAUAUUCUGGAAGGAUGGCCAGAUUACCUGAAAUGUGAGGGAGAACUAGCAUCUUUUUGGAGCAGGAGAGACGAGCUGACAGUGGAACUAGGCUGUGUGACCUGGGGAGCUCGAGUGGUCAUCCCUGUAAAGUUGAGAGAUACUGUGAUACGUAUAUUACAUUCGACCCACAUUGGUAUGUCAGGUAUGAAGAGCUUAGCUCGUUCUUAUGUAUACUGGCCUCGUCUUGACACACAAAUCGAGGAUACUGCUCGGACGUGUGAGACGUGUGGCAAGUACGGUAAGAACCUACCCAAACUGGUAGAUCAUCCGUGGGCUAGAGCAACAGCACCAUUCCAACGGGUCCAUGUAGACUUUGCUGGGCCUUUCUUAGGCAGUAUGUGGCUCUUACUGGUAGAUGCUUAUAGUAAAUGGCCUGAAGUAAUUCAGAUGAAUGCUAAUACAACAUCUAGAGCAACAAUUCGUGCAUUAAGAUCGAUAUUUGCACGAACAGGUAUUCCUAUGACACUAGUAUCCGACAAUGGACCCCAGUUUGUGUCUGAGGAAAUCGAGAGUUACCUGCGCUCCAACGGAGUGAAACACGUCACAGUUCCGACCUAUAGCCCAAAGUCAAACGGAAUUUGUGAACGCUUGGUGCAAACCUUUAAAGGAGCUUUAAAGAAAAUGAAUGAGUCGAGUAAAGACGUGAGUAAAAAUCUAUAUGAUUUCCUGUUAACAUAUAGAAACACCCCGCAUUCGUCUACUGGACAAACACCAGCAGUUUUAGCUUGGAACAGAUCGCUGAGGUUUAGUCUACACCAGAUAAAACCAGCCGACCACAUGAAGGUUCAAGCUUUACAGACAGAGAAACUGCAAAAAGUCGUAGAUGAGCAAAAAAAGACACGAGAAUUUAUGGAGAACCAACAAGUUUUUGUACGAAUGGACAAUCGAGGACCGUGGGUACAAGCUCGAGUGAUCAAGAGAUACGGUGAUAACUCAAACAACUACGCAAUCCAGCACGAAGGCAGAGUGGUUAAGAAACACGCAGAUGUGCUAAAACCUAGAUACUCACCGCCUCUUAUGGCUAGUUCCAAAUAG